CAAAGCGGCCGCCCGCGCGCGCGGACUAGCGCUGCGGUCAUCUUGCUCGCGCGCGCGCACACGCACGCGGCCGCUCAGUCCGCGCAGCAGCCGAGCGCUGAGGAGAGAGGCGGAGAGGACCGGCGCCUCCCGAGACGGCCGCAGAGCCCAGCCACCAUGAGUGAAAUUCCUAAGGACUCAUUGAAGGCCAUUCUGUUGGAGUUAGAAUGUCACUUCACAUGGAAUUUACUUAAGGAAGACAUUGAUCUGUUUGAUGUAGAAGAUACAAUUGGGCAACAGCUUGAAUUUCUUACCACAAAAUCCAGACUUACUCUUUAUAACCUGUUGGCCUAUGUGAAACACCUAAAGGGCCAAAAUAAAGAUGCUCUAGAGUGCUUGAAACAAGCAGAAGAAAUAAUACAGCGAGAACACUCGGACAAAGAAGAAGUACGAAGUCUGGUCACUUGGGGAAACUACGCCUGGGUUUAUUAUCACAUGGACGAGCUUAAAGAAGCUCAGAAGUAUAUAGACAAGGUAGGGAACGUCUGCAAGAAAUUGUCCAGUCCUUCUGACUACAAGUUGGAGCGUCCAGAGAUCGACUGUGAGAAAGGGUGGGCACUCUUGAAAUUUGGAGGAAAGUAUUACCAAAAGGCUAAAGCAGCUUUUGAGAAGGCUCUGGAAGCAGAACCAGACAAUCCGGAAUUUAACAUUGGCUAUGCCAUCACAGUGUAUCGGCUGGAUGAUUCUGACAGAGAAGGGCCUAUAAAGAGCUUUUCUCUGGGCCCCCUGCGGAAAGCUGUUACCCUGAACCCAGAUAAUUCCUAUAUUAAGGUUUUUCUGGCGCUGAAACUUCAAGAUGUACAUGCAGAAGCCGAAGGGGAAAAGUAUAUUGAAGAAAUCCUGGACCAAAUAUCAUCCCAACCUUACGUUCUUCGUUAUGCAGCCAAAUUCUAUAGGAGAAAAAAUUCCUGGGACAAAGCUCUUGAACUUUUGAAAAAGGCCUUAGAGGCGACACCAACCUCUUCUUUCCUGCAUCACCAAAUGGGACUUUGCUAUAGGGCACAAAUGAUCCAAAUCAAGAAGGCCACUCGCAACAGACCUAAAGGAAAGGAUAAACUGAAAGUUGAUGAGCUGAUUACAUCAGCUAUAUUUCAUUUCAAAGAAGCUGUGGAGCGAGAUUCUAUGUUUGCAUUUGCCUACACGGACCUGGCCAACAUGUAUGCUGAGGGAGGCCAGUAUAGCAAUGCUGAAGACAUUUUCCAGAAAGCUCUUCGUCUGGAGAACAUAACUGAUGAUCACAAACAUCAGAUCCACUACCAUUAUGGCCGCUUUCAGGAAUUUCACUGUAAAUCAGAAAAUACUGCCAUCCACCAUUAUUUAGAAGCCUUAAAGGUCAAAGACAGGUCAUCUCUGCGUACUAAACUGACAAGUGCUCUAAAGAAAUUGGCUACCAAGAGACUUGGUCACAAUGCUUCAGAUGUGCAGAGUUUAAGUGCCCUAGGGUUUGUUUACAAGCUGGAGGGAGAAAAGAGGCAAGCUGCUGAGUACUAUGAAAGGGCCCAAAAGAUAGAUCCAGAAAAUGCAGAAUUUCUUACUGCUCUCUGUGAGCUUCGACUUUCCAUUUAAAUACAUACUCCAGGAAAUUAGUUCUAAGCUUUUUUUCCUCCAUUUUGGUUUCUUAUAUUUUUGUUUAUUGCUUUAAUCCGUUGUUCAUUAUAGAGCUAAUUUUUAUUGAAUUGUUAUUUUGUACCUGGCAUCAUGCUAAAUACUUUAUAUACGUUAUGAUGAAUCUUUUUUUUUAAUUAAAAUACAAUAAUCCAUUGAGAAACAGCAAAAUUCCGGCUGUUGUAACUUUAAAAAGUAUGGUCAUUCUGACUUUAUAUUCUUUAUCUCUGCUAUUUAUAAUAAUUUUCUGAUUAGAUUUUGUGAAGUUUUCCAUAUUACUUCCUUAUGCUGCGAGUAUAAUCCUACACAAGCCUUUGACACCUAAGUCAGGAACAGUCUUUUAGGAGUGCAAAAUUAUAUUAGUUUAAGCACUUAACUAUGUAGCUUGCAAAAGACGGAAACUUCAAGUUACAGAUGUUCUGACUUUGAGGAUAUUUAACCAUCAACAUGAUAGUUACCUGAAGAAUCCUCUUUGUUGGAAGAAAAAAGUUUAUAAUAGAAGUUUGUCAUCCCUGAUGACUUCAGUAAAAGGAGAAAACACUAGAACAUGAGAAAAAAAGAUUUCCCCAUAUACAGAACUUCAGGGACCCAUGAGAAAUCCAAAGUAUUACCUCCCAAAAUAUUCAUUAAGUAGCUAGAAAUAGUGAUGAGGAAAAAAAUGAAUAAUGGAAAAUCAUUAGUUUCAAAUUUUUCUAGUUCUUUUAACUAGAAGAAUAAACCUAAAGUUAAUCUAGAUGGAAUUAAUUUUAUUCCUUCCAAUUAAAAUUGCAGUAUUUUUAGGUUAAAAUCAUUGAGAUAAAAAAGCGGACCAAUUGAGAAAUUGGGAGAAAUGAUAAACAAAUGGGUAAAGUAGAUGCCCCCAACCUACAUCCCUAGAUUACCAAGAUUUCAGUGAUUUAGUUUUGGGUCUGGACUGGUUGGAAUUCUCACCUACACAAUUUCUGGCCUUUGGUUAACUGUUUUAGUAUUACAAAGUUACUUCUAUGAAGCUUUUCCUUUUGUCUGAAGUUUUCAGAUUGACAUGUUUUCCUGUAGAUCCUCUAGGAAUAGUUAAGCCCUAUUUUCAGUUUUAAUAUCCACUUUGAAGGGUCACUGCUUAAGGGCUUUUAUCCCAGAGGACUUUUUAAAUUGGGAUGUUGCUAAAAGUGGCUUCUUUAAUGUUGUUUCCUUGAUUAUAGACUACACAAUUAUAUUUACCACCACAGUGUUAGUGGAAAAAUAUGCCAUACGAUUUAAUUCUCCGUACCUUCCUUCAAUGUAGCUCUUAAAACUACUGUAAUAUAUACUGUAUAUAUUCUCCAUACCUCCUAAAACUACUGUGUGUGUUUUUUACUUUUUGUUACUAUUUUUAUUUUUUAAAUUUCUAUUAUAGUUUUGAUUAUUAUAGAAGUAAUGAAUUCUCAUUGUAAAAUUUCAAACAAUACAGAAGUAUAUGAAUUUAAAAGAGCACUUCCUUCACCCUACCCCAAUUCCACAUGCCCAAGGUAAACUGUUAAUAACUUGAUAGGUAUCCCUCCAGAUAUUUUUUUCUCAGCAUAUUCAAACAUACAUAAAUACUGCAGUGUAUCUCAUGAGUUAAAUUUUUUUAAAUGUUUGUUUUA